CAUUUAGCUCGGCUCUCACAACAGAACAGCCUGGCUCUACUUUGUUGGCGAGAGAGUUGAGGGGAGUAGCGUGGAAAAAAAUACCCAGUGCUCUCUUACAUGUUUUCCCUUCAAUGAACCGUGCGUUGUAUAAUGUCCGAGAAUGUCCAUUUCUGGAACUCUAAGCAACUACUAUGUCGAUUCCAUCAUAAGUCAUGAGAAUGAAGAUCCAACCUCGACCAGGUUCUCCAAUGUGCAGUAUUCAAGCUCUAGGCAACCGGGACAUGGCGAGCAUCCCGAAUUUCCAUCCUGCAGUUUCCAGCCCAAACCUCCCGUUUUCAGUUCUUCUUGGAGUCCGUUCAGUCCCCAUGCCUCCAACAGCCUACCGGCGGUGUACCACCCGUACAUACCAACUCAGCCCAUACCUUCCACGGACAGCCGAUACCUCCGCUCAUGGCUCGACUGCACCCCGCGAACUGCCGAAUCCCUACCCGGACAAGGGCAGGUCAAGAUGGAACCGCUGCUGGGACAUCUCGGGGAGCCCACCAAAAUCGGAGGGCACGAAUUCAUUUUGGAAUCCUCCUCGUCAAGGGAGCAGAAUCCCGGCCAGGGCACCGGGUUCGAAGACAAUAAGGACAUUUGCGAAGGUAGCGAGGACAAAGAGGGGCCAGAUCAAACUGAUCCAUCUGCCAACUGGUUACAUGCCCGGUCAUCUCGGAAAAAGCGGUGCCCAUACACCAAAUACCAGACCCUGGAGCUAGAGAAGGAGUUCCUCUUCAACAUGUAUCUAACGAGGGACCGGAGACACGAGGUGGCCCGUUUGCUGAACUUGACGGAGCGACAAGUGAAAAUAUGGUUUCAAAAUCGACGGAUGAAAAUGAAGAAAAUGAAUAAGGAUCAGCCUAAGGAAUAAGGGAUGCCCUUAACAGAUACACACACACACACACACACACACGUUUACGCACUCACUCUCUCUCUCUCUCACACACACACACACACACACACACACACACACACACACACACACACACACACACACACACACACACACACUCACUGAAAUGCCUUUUACAGAGUCGGACCCGUUUCUUGUUGGUGAUGAUGCUUUGAGUGUCUGUCUUUGAUUUUUUUUUCUUUUUGAUAUAAUAAAACACACUCAUUACUGGGCUGCAGACCAACUGUUGAAACGGGGAAUGGUUGACGCGAGGGCACGUCGCAGGCGCUCAGACUCUCGAAGGCGACUUUUAUUACUUAUUUAUUAUUUGACGCACUGCGCCGACGCUCCACCAGGACAGGCAGGAGGGUGUCGAAACAUGGGCUUCAAGUGACCGUGAAUGCUUAAGAAAAAUGGGAGAUGCUGAUUGUGUCUUCUACCUGCAUCUUUUCCUUUCUUGGAUUUAUUUUGUAAUCAUUCCUUUUUAACACCAAUCCUUUGUGAUGUUAUAUAAUUCAGAAACAAAAAUGAAGUUAACCGAGAUUAUUUGGCGAUUAUUUAAAUAAAAAGUAGUGGAUGUAAUUUAAAUCUGUCUCUUUGUUAGGGUGUGUAAUUUUAAUUGGGUUAGUGUAUUUUGUGUCUAGGCCAUAGGUGUUUAAGGCUGUUGGGUCUAAAAUUAAAAUGGCAGAAUAAGCCAUAGUUUUAAGGACUUAUUAUUAUUAUUAUGAUUAUUACUAGUAAUAGUAUUAUUAUUAUUAUUAUUAUUAUCACUGUUAUUCAUUUGAGCUAGUGUUGCCUUACGGCUUUGCUCAUGCUUUUUCAGCAGCCAAUCGCGAAGUCAGUGUCCAGCUUGUGUGAUUUCGCAUAUGCUGUAAUCAUAUAUUUAUCCAUCAUUUUGGCUAAAUAUUUACUCUGAAACUGGAAGAUGCUUAUGAGGUUUUGCUAAAAACAAUUUGUCUUGCGUGCAGAACUGUCAGGCAGUGCCCGGGUCUCUUCGUGAUAAGUGUCCUUGUACGGGUACAAAUGUGUUUGAAAUAUCUGUCCGUUUUAUAUCCCAUAUAGAUUGAAAAAGUUGUGGGUAUUAUUUUCAUGAAAUUUACUGGAAAUUGAUUAUUGUUCCGUGUACGCUGUUUUGAGAUCAUGUUUCGAUAUGUUAGUGUGGCACCUGACUUGAUGCAAGCGAUCCCUUGGUAUCACAUGUAUGAAACGUAGAAUUAGAGAUCACUUUUACCAAAAUGUCAUUUAAGCAUAUUCAUCUAACAUUUUGCAUUUGUUGUUGUAACACACCUGAAUGUGCCGGUAACCCAGGGAAUGCGUAACUGUCGAAGAUAGCCCCUAAUUAACAGUUUCCCACCAGUUACGAGCAAAGAUGUUUACAUUAGAGCAUGCUCCUUACCAUCAUGUUUUAGUUCUCAUGCGUGUUUUUUAUCACUAGCCUAUAGUCCUAUCAGAUGAGUUAUCCCUACCUUGCAGAUGAGAUAUGUCUAACUUAUUGUACAUACGUUAAUAACCCUGGCUCUUUUUACGGAAUGCGUUUUAUAUUUCUGAGAAGGCGGGUUUGGAAAGGGACCUCAUACUUGAAUGAGAUAGAGGUAAUCUUUUGGAUUUUUAGUUAUUGUUUACAUGUGUUUGUCCAAAAUGUCAUGAGAUUCAACUGUAUUGUCCAAUAAAACAAUU